GGUGAACCCGAAAACCACUUCUUCGCGUAUACGUUGGUAUCAACGGGUAAGGCAGUGUGAAGAUAGCAUCUCGCCUCGCACACGUGUGUAAUGGUACGCCGCGUCAGAGGCCGAGAGAUCAAGCGGUGCAAAAAUGGUUGUUGUCGUCACUUGUGUAUGAAUCACACCUUCCUACAUAUAUGCAUGUUCUUUGAGGCUCAGCAGUGCUGUACCAUCGUGUUUUCUUGAAAGCGCACUUUUUCCCUCUUCUCUUUACGCCAACAACCAAGGAAGGGAAAAGGGGUGAGGGUGGCAUUGGUCUAUCAUCGAGCCUAUCACUGGCGUUUUCUGUUCGCAUUUUACUCCUCAGUUCUAGUGCUUUUGCUUUUUACCACCACCACCGCCAUCACUGCUGCUGCUGCCAACGUACGGCGGCGCUAACAAUCACCGUUGCAGUUCUUCCUCAUUUUUCUUUGUUUAACUGGUGGUCAUUCCUUUCUGUCACGUCCUUAUACAUCAAUUCGUAAUCUUCUAGUAGUCAUGACGAGCUCGUCUGCCGCGCAGAGAAACCUCAACGCCAGCAGCUCCGCGACGUCCAGCAGCGAUGGCGUACAGGCUACGCAACCAACUGCGCUACAAGCCCCGACGGCGAAGCAAAAAGAGGGGUUCGGCUAUACGGCCGGCCCAGCUUUGGUGAGUGGGGCCUCGCAGGCCAUCUUGUUCAACCCAAUCGAUCGAGCCCUCUACGUGCGAGUCAAGUUCCGUCGCUGGCGCUUCCUGGACAAGCGCAACUUCGAACGUCCGUUUCAGGGUUUCAUGAAUGCGGCGGUGUACCGCACGUUGGUGGGGGCAUCGUACAUGUUCUGGCAGGACAGCAUGCGGAUCGCCAUCGAGCGUCUGGCACCGGCGCCGUGUCAAGCCUCGGCGUCUCCGCAGUUAAACUCCAUGAUGAUUGGUCUGUCCGCCGGGUCCGUGAACGGCUUGGCCCUCAACACGCUACAAGCGGUGAAGUUCCGCAUGUGGAACACCGACGAGCGCGGCAUCACCUUCAUGCGCACGGCGUGCAACAUGUACAAGGAGGGAGGGCCAGCCAUUUUUUUCCGCGGCUGCGUCACGACGAUGGUGCGGGACAGCGUAUUCGGGGUCGUGUACGAGACGACGCGCCGCGCUGCUGCGUGGCGACUCUUCUUUGAGCAACAAGUUGCGCUGCUCUCUUUCCUGUUCGGCUCAACGCCCUCCACGCCUCCGCCGCUGAUGCACGGCGAGGGGGAGGAGGAGGCGACGGCGCACGGGAUGACGGAAACGGCGGAAGCCGCGCAGGCGGCUUUUCAUCGAGAAAAGUUGGGCUUUGCCGCGUUCUUGUCGAAUCUCAUGGCGGCGCUGACCGCGUCCAUGAUGAGCUCCCCGUUUAACUACGUGCGCUCCGUUGUCUACGGGACCCCGCGUGGGGCGAUCCCGCUCGGCUACCUGCCACUUCUAAGAUCAUUUUAUACCCAGUUUUUCUACAUUUAUCGGCACGGCAAGAGCUACACCGACCGGCACGGAAUGCCGGAAUUGCGCGAGACGGAGCACCGGGACUCGCAUCAGGCCGCUGCGGCCUCACCAACCUCGAGUGCGAAUAGCAACGCGACAUCGUCUCAACGUCCUUCGAUUGGCGGGCAGGUGCACAGUGCAGAGGGCUGCAGCAGAGGCCCAUCUGCAGCUGCGCGGCGUGCUCAAGUCACACGACGGGCGCUAUCGGUUUCGCAGAUGUCGGCGGCGGUGCGUAACUGGGCCGACACCCAUCAGCACCACCCCAUCGCCGCGUGGACGUGGGCGAACAGUCGCCUCAACAUCGGGUGGGGCUCGAUACGCGUGGGGCUUGGUAUGGCGAUGGGGCAGAGUCUCUUCUACUUAGCACAGGACUUCGUACGUGAGGAAAAGCACAGGCGAUGA